AUGGAACAGCCCAGCGUUUCAAGCAGAACUUAUCAGCUGCUAGACAUGUCGGACUCCGGCAGCAGUUCGUCUGCGCACAUUCCGCCAUUGAUAUUGACUUCUCCGAGGAAGAAGAGAUACAGAAAGUUUGGCAACAAUAGAGACAAGUUUGCCGAAAAGGUAACAUUUGAAAAAUGUCGCUUACAGUCGCGCACGGUAUGUGUGUUUUUUGUUCUAUCUGUUCUCAUUGUCUGGUUGCUGACAAUGAGUUGGUUCAUCAAUGCUUUACAAAACGAAUUGGACAAAUUCAACCAUACCAUUAUAACAAUUGCUGCCGGAAAUCGUGGAGUUCCAGAUGACUUACAGAAAUGUCAUGCCAUGUCUAAACAGCUUCAACAAAACCAGACCGAUAUCAAUCAACGUCUAACAGUGUACGACGGACAGAUCACAAACUUAACACUACAGGUUGCUAAUUUGGGUUCAAGAUUAUCGUUAGUUGAGAAAAAAAUCAAUGAGAACACAGACCUUUUAUCAAAUCCAGAUGCCACAAAAGAUCCAUCCAUAAAAGUCCUAUCAUCAGAAGUUGCUAAACUUGGUAGUACUUAUCAAGACUUAAGCGGUAGUGUAAAAUCGCUCAAAGAUACUACUAGUUCAUUACAGUCAUACCAAACAACAUUGAAAGCCAACAUUACUUCAAUAAGUGAAAAAUUAAAUAAUGUUGGGAGUAUUAAAACUGAUGAAACUAUGAUCAACAAUGUGUCUCAAAAGUUACACGAACUAAUUGAAAGUAUAAGUUUGAAUGUCACGACCUUAAACCGAACACUUACCAGCCGAAUAGAUUGGUUAUCUGGAGAUCAAAAAACCAAUGGGGUGGAAAUAGAGAAAUUGAAAGAGGACAGUCAGAAACUAAUCGCUCAAGUAAAAACAAUUGACACCAAAUUAACGACAUCAUUUAAUGAAGUGAACUCAAAAGUUAUAUCUCUAAGAACUCAAAUUGACAAGGUUGCAACUAAUGUUACCAGUUUACACGCUCAAUCAAAUUUUGAUGACUCUCUAACGAGUUCUGGUCAAUUAAAAGGUGAUAAAAACGGAACUCAGACAAAAUCCUAA